AUGUAUUUAACUUUACAAAAAGAAAAGAAAAGAAAAACAAAAACCUUACAAGCAUUCGCCUUUUCUCAACCUGCUUGCUUAUCUGCACGUGGAAAUAGUUAUCUCUGUCUAUCUGUCUUCAUCUCACUCACUUUCUCACUCUCUCUCUCUCUUCCUCAUUUGAUCUAUCUAUUAUCAGACAGUUCACAUGUAUUUCAAUAUGUUUCAUCUAAGUCAAUUUCAUUAUCUAUCUAUCUAUCUAUCCAUAUCCAUCUAUCUAUCUAUCUCAUUCUUGAUUUUAUAUCAUUCUAUCUAUCUAUCUAUCAUCUAUCUAUCUAUCUAUCUAUCAUAUCUAUCAUUUCUGUUGUAUAUAUAUGUCUAUCACAAAUCUCUUUUCUCUCUCUCUCUAUAUAUAUCUAUAUAUCUAUUCAUCUAUUUCUUAAUAUUUGUAUGUAUCUAUCUAUCUAUCUAUCUAUCUAUCUUUUCUUCUAA